AUGGCAGUUCCGCUACCGUUGUUCACGGCCGUUGCAGCCGCCGGCACACUCCUCUUCAUAACGCAACAACAGGAAUGGACUAGGAAACUGGCUAUUGGGGCAUUUGCCGUCGUUUUUGGCAUCCAGAUGGUCAUCUACUCCAUCUACAGCUUGUUCAUAUAUCCCUUUUUCUUGUCGCCGUAUCGUCACUUGCCCAAGCCCCCCGGCGGCGAUUAUCUCUUUGGGCACACGAGACAGAUGGUAAAAGAAGGCCUGGGAACAACCGCAAGAAAAUGGAUCGCGUCGAUCCCCAACGACGGCUUCAUCCACAUUCGCUGGGCAUUCAACCGCGAAAUGCUUCUCGUCACGUCGCCGCAGGCGCUGUCGGAAAUCCUCGUCGCCAAAAGCUACGAGUUUGCCAAACCCCAGUUCCUCCGCGACACCCUGGGCCCCGUCAUCGGGCACGCCCUGGUCCUCGCCGAGGGGGACGCGCACAAGCUCCAGCGCCGCAACCUGAUGCCCGCGUUUGCGUUCCGCCACAUCAAGGACCUGUACCCGCUCUUCUGGCAAAAGUCGCGAGAGGUCGUACGGGUCAUGACGGCCGAGUGCGAUGGCCUGGGCGUCUUGAACAUGGAGGCAGGGGCCUGGGCGUCGAGGUGUACGCUGGACGUCAUUGGGACCGCUGGGCUGGGGAGGGACUUUGACGCCAUUCACGACGACCACAACGAGUUGGUGGAGACGUAUAUGACGCUUUCGCAUCCCUCCAAGACCGAUAGGAUCCUCAUGAUAUUGGCCGACUUUGCGGGCUUGUUUGUGCCUGUGAAGCCGUUUCUCAACGUGCCGUUUCCGAGACUGCGGCAGGUCCAGCGGUCAUCCAACAUGAUCCGCGAUGUUUGCCGGGACGUCAUCCAGGCCAAGAAGCAGAAGCUCGAAAAGGGCCAGCUCAACGACGUGGAUAUCGUGUCCAUAGCUCUGAGGAGCGGUGUAUUUUCGGAGGACGAGCUCGUCGACCAAAUGAUGACGUUCCUGGGCGCCGGGCAUGAAACGACCGGGUCGGCGCUGACGUGGGCGAUAUAUGCCCUGUGUCGGUUUCCCGACAUCCAGAGCCGUCUCCGUGACGAGAUCCGCGCCAACUUGCCGUCUGUCGAUGAAGAGACAGACAUUACCAGCGCGGACAUUGACAAGCUGCCCUACCUCAACGCCGUGUGUAACGAAGUGCUGCGAAUGUACAGCCCCGUGCCGCAAACCUUCCGCGACGCCGUCUGCGAUACCAGCGUGCUGGACCGCCGCAUCCACAAGGGCACGCGGCUCAUCCUCGCGGCAUGGGGCACCAAUGUCGAUACCGCGCUUUGGGGCGCCGACGCUGGCGAGUUCAACCCGGAACGGUGGUUAUCAGUCAACGACGGGGGCGAGCACUCGGUCAAAAGGGCCUCGCUGGGCGGAGCAAGCAGCAAUUAUGCCCUGUUGACGUUCUUGCAUGGGCCGAGGAGCUGUAUUGGGCAGGCGUUUGCCAAGUCUGAGUUUGCAUGCUUGCUGGCUGCGUGGGUUGGGCGGUUUAGAUUUGAGUUGAAGGACUCGAGGUUGAUGGAUGAGGAAAACAUGGUGUUUGAGCAGUUGGUCACGGUGAAGGCUGUGGAGGGGUUGUAUGUGAAAGCUACGGUUGUGCCGGGGUAUUGA